AAGAAAAGUAAAGUGCUCUUAUCAAACCUUUUCCGAAAUUUGUUUUUACCUUUCAAGAAACAUGUCAGAAUCCAUCGAACCUAGGCAGCCUUAUCCCGCUAAGGAACCCUUUAAAACUGGAUUUCUACAAGUGUCUGAUAUACACAAGUUAUACUAUGAAGAAUCAGGCAAGGAAAAUGGAAACCCUGUAAUUUUUGUGCAUGGUGGUCCAGGAGGUGGCACCAGUCCUAACUGUAGAACAUUUUUUGAUCCUGAGGUUUAUAGAAUUAUUCUAUUGGAUCAAAGAGGAGCAGGACAGUCAACACCACUUGCAGAACUUAGGGAAAACACAACAUGGGAUUUGGUAGCAGAUAUUGAAAAACUGAGAGAACAUUUAAAAAUUGAUAAAUGGGUGGUGUUUGGUGGAAGUUGGGGCUCAACUUUAUCUUUAGCCUAUUGUCAAACACAUCCUGAGAGAGUUAAAGCUGUGGUACUCAGAGGAAUCUUCACACUUCAAAGACGUGAAUUGAAAUGGUUCUAUGAAGAUGGUGGUGCCUGUAUGAUCUAUCCUGAUGAAUGGGAUAGAUACAAUGAAUUUAUACCAGCGUCCGAGAGAUAUGAUAUGAUAGGAGCAUAUUAUAGAAGAUUAACUGGUGAAAAUAGAGAAAUGAGAUUAGAAGCUGCUAAAGCCUGGAGUAGAUGGGAAUUAUCAACCUCCAGACUUUAUUCUGAUGAAGAAUUAUUAGAAAGAACUAAAUUAGGUGACUGGUGUUUACAGUUCGCUCGUAUAGAAUGUCACUAUUUUGUACAUGGUGGGUUUAUGGAAGAUGGUUAUCUAUUAAAGAAUGUAGAUAAAAUCAGGCAUAUACCAGCUACUAUAGUGCAAGGACGAUAUGAUAUAGUUUGCCCCACAGAAACAGCUUGGAAACUACAUAAGGCAUGGCCAGAAGCUGAACUUCAUAUUAUACAGGAUGCUGGACAUUCUGCUAAAGAAUCAGGAACUCAGACCAAAUUACUUGAUGCCACAGACAAAUACAAAGAUCUUUAGAUUCAUUUUUUAGAGUUUUGAGUGAGAUUUUGUCUUUCAAAUUUUGGAACAAUGCAUAAUUCUAAUUUUGUGAACUACGACACUGUGAUCUAAACCACAAGCAGUUAAAAAACAAUAAGGAUUUUCAAGUCCUUUUUCCUAUAUUAUAUUUAGAAUUAUAUAUAUGAAUUCCGAGAAAGAAUUUCUGUUAGAAUUUCAGUUAACUAAUAUUUAUUUGGUAAAAUUUCCAUGCAAAUAUAUAGCAAGCUGUAUUAACAGCUCAUGAAACUAUCAUUCCUACAUUAUAGCUUUAAUCGUUUAAUUUUGUCCUACUGUUAUUAAUCAAAACUGGUACAUCAGACUCAAUCGACAUCCCUGAAAGUAGGUUAUCUCGUUAGUAAAUUUGGAAUAUCAGUGCAAUUUAAUGUACUGGUCUGUUGAUAGUGCAGUAAAAUAAAAUUGUAAAAAUAAUAGUGUCAUAAUGUUGCAGCAAGAAAAACAUGGAAUUCAAGAGUCAGAAUAAGGUGGCCCCGUUUCAAAAUCAUUAGUUAUAUUCAUUUGUUAAGUCAAUCACUAACACUGAUUUCACAAUACAUCCUACUGGUAUAGCUAACAUAGUAGGCUUAACCUUUGAAAACAUGGCUGGACUUCUAGACCAUUAUAUUGAGAACAAAUGUUUUAUUAAGUGCCAAAAUAUAUGUUGUUGAUAUCAUUAAAUUGUGCCAACUUGAUCUACUAUGUGAAUUUAUUGAUGGUGGAGGUUUGCUAUUGGUGCAAUGCUCAAUUAACAAUAAAAACUAAUUUCAAUCUC